AUGUCGACGCUUCGCAUCCCCACCGCAUCGGGUGCUAAUGCUGGCACCUUUAACGCCGCGAAAGGCGCUCUCGCCGGCGCUGGUGCUGGUGUCGCAGCUGGUUCAGCCUCCAGCAACAACAAAGCUGCUCCCAAGACCUAUCCCUUCUGGCUCGGAGGUGCUGCGGGAUGCUGCGCUGCCAGUAUCACACAUCCUCUCGACUUGACCAAGUACCGACUUCAAACGGCCACCGUCAAGCAAGGCAUGUUCCGAACCAUUGUCCAAUCCGUCCGCACCGAAGGUGUCACCAGUCUCUGGCACGGUUUGACCGCAACCUUGCUACGUCAAUUCACCUACUCAGUCACCCGUUUCGCCGUCUACGAAGAUAUGAAGACUCGCGUCACUGCUAGCUCUGGCAAAGCCCCAACUACAGGCCAACUUGCUCUCUGCUCCGGGACCGCAGGUGCUGUCGCCGGCGUAGUUGGUAACCCAGCCGAAAUUGUCCUCGUUCGAAUGUGUUCCGAUCUCAACUUGCCUAAAGACGCCCGCUAUGGCUACAAGAACUGCAUCGACGGUCUCGUCCGCAUCGUAAAGGACGAUGGCGCAGGAACACUCUUCCGUGGUCUCUCACCCAACGUCUUCCGCUCGGUCGUUAUGAACAUCUCCCAACUCGGCUCGUACGAUCUCUUCAAAGGCAUCCUUCAGAAACUCGACGUUAUCCCCGACGGACCCGUUCUCCAAACCGCAGCUAGCUUUUGCGCAGGUACACUCAGCACAACCCUCUGCACCCCUAUCGACGUCGUCAAGUCUCGUGUACAGAACCUGAAGAAGGGUGCGGGCGCCAACAUUGGCGUCUCGCAUGUCAUCAAGGAAGCACUGGCAAAGGACGGACCAACAGUCUUCUUCCGUGGUUGGACUCCUGCAUGGUUGCGUCUUCAGCCUCAAACUACAUUGCUUUUCUUGUUCUUUGAGCAGUUCAAGCAUCUCGUUGACAAGAGCAGAGAAGCGAAAGUGCCUGCUGAUACUAGGACCAACAACUGA